CUUAAAACCCAAACCGCACUGACCGCUUCCAGAUCGUCCGACUUUCACUCAUUCUUGAGCAACCGUUCACUCCACGUCGGCUCGAUUUUCCGCAGCGCAGGUUUUCAGUUUCCCGAGCCGGGCUUUUCCCUGAUUCCUCAGUCGGAGUGGGAAAGCUGAGCAGUGCGGUGUUCGCGUGAAAAUGACCAAUGUGGACGAGAUCCUCAACUACAAGAGGAAGGAAGAGGAGGACUACUAUGGCAUUCUGGGGUGCGACGAGACCUCCACGGUGGAGCAGAUCACCACCGAGUAUAAAGUGCGGGCCUUGCAGUACCAUCCCGACAAGAACGAGGGCGAUAAGGAGGCUGAGCAGAAGUUCCAGCUUUUGAAGGAAGCCAAAGAAACCCUGUGCGAUCCCGAAAAACGCAGCAAUUACGACAAGUGGAGGGGCAGCGGAAUUUCGAUAAGCUACAGACAGUGGUUGGGGAUGAAGGAGCACGUACAUCAGUCCAUGCACUGGAGCACGCCCAAGACCAAAGACCGCAUGCUGGAGAGCGGCGGCUCGUCCGGCCCGUCCAGCCUGGGGGCGGGCGGCGUGUCGGCGGCGCAGCGACGGGCCUCCGAGGGCGGCGCCAACCUGCACUGGACCGGGCGCGGCGGCACCGGCUCGGCCUGGGGCACCGAAGCGCCAAGCGAGGUUGUCAGUAAAUUCCGCAACUACGAAAUCUAAGAUGUCUAGUCGUAUAUGUACCACGUGACCAUCCUCUAGUUAGACCUAAGUAUAUGGAUGUUCAAGGUCGAGGACUGUCUCGAUCGACUGUUUGGUGUUUUCUGGAUUUCCCCCCUUGUUGUCGACAUAUCAGUUUGUUUUGUUGUUGAUGGGAUCAAUCGGACCAAUCAAAUCUGCUGCUACUUUUAAUGUGAUAUUAGUUUCGUGAAGUAGGUGGGUGAUUGUGUGAAGGUGCGUCCGUAUGUGGACGCGGCUUGUCGACGCAUGCUUUGUUUUCUUUGUGGUUUAGUUGCUUGCAGAUACACCCGUUCCUAUCAGGGUACAUGCACAAAUCCACCCUCUACACUAUUUUUUGAUAAGUGUUUACGAUAAAUCAUAUUUUAAUUAAUGUUAUUAUCGAAUCAUAUGACUAUAAGUAUUUAUAAAUGUUAUAUGGAAAUCAAUAAAUUAUGGUUAUACGUUGUAGUAACA